AUGGAAGCAUUCACUUUUGAAGACGUGAGAGUGGAGAAAGCGAACGCGGUGGCGAAAUACCGCAGGAUUCACAGAAUCACGAGCCUUUUCCGAUUCCUCGAGCUCUUCGUUUUUCUGAUCGUCGUCUCGCGAUUCUCCGCUCAAUUCGCGGUUUUUCUCAAGCUCUCCGGCGAGUAUCUCCGCGGAAUCUCCGUCGUCGCGCUCAUCAGCCCUGGAUCCGUCUUCGUUAUCGGAAACGCGAUCGUCAUCGCGCUCCUGUUCUCCGGCGAGAGGAGCACCGAUUUCUACGACGAGUACGUCGAGAAAUGCCGGAGUAACAACAGCAAUCAGAUCCAGCAGCAGAUUUUGACGAAAUCGGAGGAGAAAUGUCGGAGUAACAACGGCAAUCAGAUGCAGCAGCAGAUUUGGAGCAAAUCGGCGGAGAAAUCCGAGAGAGAGGCGAUCAGCAGGACUAGAUCGGCGAAUCUGGAGGAGGGGCGGCGCCGCGACUUGAGGCGGAGCAUGAGCGAGAAGUGCCGGAAGAGAGCGGAGGAGGAGAUGAGCAGCGAAGAGUUCCGGCAGACGGUGGAGGCGUUCAUCGCGCGGCAGCAGAGGCUGUUGAGGGAAGAAGAAGGGGAUGCUUCAUCUAUGGUUUCGUUUCAAGCUUGA